AUGAGGCACAGUCUAAAAAUUUUACGCAAUGCCGCGGGCAUUGUUCGUUGUACCGCCGCCAAUGCUGGGUAUAUCCACGGCUUAUGCUCCACGAGGCGAUACUCCACCGCCUACACCCCCGAGUUCAUACGGUCUGUCUUCUCAAAUGUAGCCACUCGAUACGAUCUCAUGAAUGAUCUCAUGAGCGCCGGGAUUCACCGGCUGUGGAAGGAUACGUUCGUGACGGAAGCGGUGACCACUCUCGCAGACGUUAACAAUCAAAUCGCAAAAGCGACCUUCGAGGGCAGAGAAUACGAAGGGCCAACCGUAUUAAAGAUUCUGGAUCUUGCGGGUGGCACUGGAGAUAUCGCAUUCCGCAUACUGGAUAAGGCCAAAGACAUGCGUAUAAAGGACGCGGGAGGAUUCAUCCUGCACUCCCCCAAAACGCGGGUCAAACCGGAAAUCACUAUAAUGGACCCCUCACAUGAAAUGACUGAUGUAGGACAACAGCGCGCUGCCAGUCAGGGUUUUACGGACAUCACAUGGACAAAUGCGCCAGCGGAAAACAUGCCCGUACAAGAUGACACCUUCGACAUCAUCACGUGUGCCUUCGGAUUGCGAAACUUCAGCGACCGGAUGCAAGGGCUGAAGGAGUGCUACAGAGUUCUUAAACCCGGUGGGAGGCUCAUGAUCCUCGACUUCAGCCACUGUGAAAGCAGCCUCUUGGGCGCCCUAUAUGAAGCAUACUCCGACCUCGUCAUACCCAACCUGGGAAAAUAUAUCGCAAAUGAUGUGAAUGCGUACCAGUAUUUGAUAGAUUCUAUCCGAAGCUUCCCUACGCAGGAAGAACUGGCAGAAGCUCUCACGAAACUCAACUUCACGCUCGUAUCUUAUCGCAACCUCUCCGGCGGAAUCGUCGCCAUUCACUCGGCAUUUAAACCACAGUGA